AUGUCUAAAAAUUCCCCCCGAUCAAUCGCCAGCGCUGGCAGCGAGUCAGCGGGAAGUAUACGCCAGCGCUCCACCGCUAGAGCGGACCGCUCAUCGUCCAACCCGGCUUCCUACAGCGGCGACAACGACACAGCACUUCCAUCGAUGGAGCUUCACUCGCAGCCAACUGUCACGCAUCGCCGCACGGGGAGCACGCUAAAGACAGUAAUGCGCAAGAUCUUCAAUCGCAAGCGACAGAGCCAGGCAGACGAAUUGGAAGAGACCCCAUGCGAGUCGGCAUAUUCCAUGCCGAGACGAAACACAGGACCGGUCAGAGGGAGACCAUUUCUGGCAGUGCCGCCGCCAUUGAAUCUGACUUCCAACCGAAGUAGCCCUCUUUCGGCGGAAAACCUCCAGCUUGCUGAAACGCACUUGUCCCCGCUUUCUCCACUAUCUCCGGCGUCCAUGCACUCACCCGGUGUUCCGCGUCGGAGGCGUGCCACGUUACCCAGCGUGAUUUUUUCGGAUGACGAAUCGCGCUAUGCCGUGGCCUCGACUGCAAUAUCGGAGCCACGGGAGGAAAUGAGCCAUGUGCAAGACCGACGACAUAGUCUGCUUUCCCACAGGCUUUCCCGAAGCACCGAAGCAUUGCAAGCACUGACGGAUCGCCAACCAGAGGUCGUUACCGCCUGGCCACCUCGCAAAUCAAGUGCCCGACCAGCUUCGGUGUCAGACACCAAGUCUCCGCGCUAUGAGAGCUCCAACAGUGGUCAAUCCCGCCGGCCGUCAACGGGCACGACCGUAACCAGUGUAACGCGUGCCUCUGCCGCCCCAUCAGUGACGGAAUCCGAGCACCAAGAACCCGCCCUCCCCUCCAACCUAGCAACUCUUGUACACACCAUGCAACACGAUGACAGCGUCACACUAGAACAACGCCUAACCACGCUCGAAGUGAAAAUGAUAGAUCUGGAAUUCGCAAUCGCGAGAAUGCAAACCAACGACUCCGACCCCCGUCACAAGCACCCCGUCUCAGACUCCCUCCCUUGCAAACCGGGCUUCAUCUCCCCCUCCAACCAAACAAGUCCUCUCCCCUCCAUCCGCCCCUCCAGCACAUCCACCAUCCGCCCUGAAAGAUCCCUCCGCCCCGCCCCAUCCGCCACCUCUCUCUCCGACUAUCAGGGUGUCUCCAUAGAACAAUACAGCACCCUAGUCACCCUGCUGCGCCGCGAACAAACGGCCCGCAGGAAUCUCGAAAGUCAAGUCGGGAGUCUAAGGGACGAUGUUCGUCUCCUGCAGCGUGCAGCCAUGGAAUCCAUCCAAUCCGGCAAUAUGCAACCAGCGCAUACAACCGACUCGCCCGAGUUCAUACGGUUCAGACGCGCGCUCGACGACAACUCCCACAACUCCCCACCACUGAGAUCGGAGGAAAAGCUCGACGCAGACUCCGAAUGGGAUCGCUCAGUCUAUUCUCGUGAUGAUCCCAUUGGUCCGAAAUGGGAGAGACAGAGGGUUGUCACGGCGCCAAUGAUUUGA